CCCACCAGCAGAAGAGUGACACGCCAGGUUCAAUUGCUGCCUGGCCCUUUGCUUGUAGGAAGCAGGAGGGAGCUUUGAGCGUCCUCGCAAGGAAGGAUAAUAAAAAUAUAACCUGAUAGAGACCGAUCACGUCCGCGCUGCGCCAAACGAAAGUUGGGCCGAGUCGUUUCGAGAUGGGGAUCCGAAAAAAGACCAACAAGAACCCGCCGGUGCUGAGCCAUGAGUUUGUCAUCCAGAACCAUGCAGAUAUUGUUUCCUGUGUUGCUAUGGUGUUCCUCCUCGGGCUGAUGUUUGAGGUCACCUCAAAGUUUGCAGUGUUGUUCAUAACUGUGCAGUACAAUGUCACCAUAUCAACAAAUGGCCCAGAUGAGACAGCUGUGAACCACUUCCACCACGGCAUCAAGGACCUGGCCACUGUCUUCUUCUACAUGCUGGUGGCCAUCAUCAUGCAUGCCAUCAUCCAGGAGUACGUGCUGGAUAAGAUCAACAGGAAGAAGCACUUCUCCAAAACCAAGCACAGCAAGUUCAACGAAUCGGGCCAGCUCAGCGCCUUCUACUUAUUCUCCUUCGGCUGGGGCGCGAGCAUCCUGCUUUCUGAAAACUUCCUGUCCAAUCCGGUCACCCUGUGGGAGGGUUAUCCCCAUACACUGAUGCCAUUCCAGAUGAAAUUCUACUUCAUUUGUCAGCUGGGCUACUGGUUACACGCUCUCCCAGAACUGUAUUUCCAAAAGACAAAGAAGGAGGAUAUUCCGCGCCAGCUUGUGUACAUCUUCCUGUACCUGGUCCACAUUGCCGGCGCCUACAUUCUGAAUCUGAACCGCCUGGGUCUGGUCCUGCUGGUGUUGCACUACUUUGUCGAGCUCCUGUUCCACGUUUCCCGCCUGGUCUACUUCAGCAACGAGAACAGACAAACUGGUUUCACCAUAUGGGCCGUCUUGUUUGUCCUUGGACGGCUGCUCACCCUGUCCCUGUCUGUCCUCACCGUGGGCUUUGGCCUCGCCACGGCUGAAAAUCAAGGCUUUGAUUUGGCUGCAGGAAACUUUAAUGUUCUUUUUGUUCGGAUAACUGUCCUGGCCGCCAUCUGCCUCACUCAGGCCUUCAUGAUGUGGAAAUUUAUCAACUUCCAGCUGCGCCGGUGGAGAGAGCAUGCCCAGGCUCAGACCUUGAAAAAGAAACAAGUUCCCUCCAAGAGCAAAUCAAAGAAAGACAAAGCCAAUGGAGUAAACGGAGUGAACUCCCACGGAGCUGAUUCACCAAGAGCACGAAAAGAGAAGUCAUCAUAAAUACAUUCCCCUCAGCCCCCUCUAUCACCUCCCUCUCAAAGAACCACCUUCCCGCGCGUGGCUGCGUCUGACCAACACCUCCUCCAGCUCCUCCGCCACGAUAUGCAUUUUCAGCUCCCACACAGGACUGACCUCCCAGGUGGACCCUCUCCCCCCCAACCAGGACCAGAAUGCAUUAUUCAGCUUUACUUGUUGUCCGGCGCGCCUUGAUUUAAGAAUCAUUGCCCUGCUGUGCCAUUUCCGAAUGAAAAAAGAAAACAAAUUGAGAAAUAAACUACGAAAAAAGACCUUAUUUAAGAAGUGCCUAUUGAUACAGAUUGUUUUGUACAGGGUGUGUAAUUUUAAAAUUUCAGGAAUGAUGAUUUCAGUGUUUAAUGUUCCUCCAAAGUCAGGUCAUUUCAUGCUUUUUCCUAAAUACUGUGUAUUCCAGCUUGUUUUAUUUCCCUUUUUUUUUCCUCUUAUAGUUGUAACUGCUAGUCCAGCUCCUCUCCUCUGCCACUGACUCCUGCCCCUCUUUCGAGGGUUUUUGUAAACAUUGUAUGGAGUUUAUUUCCUCAUAAUAUCUCCUAUUUUUUCAUGAGUGAAGUCUUCUUGUAAGCUCUAUCAUCAGGAUAUGACUAGGUUCACAGCCCAGACUGUUCAAACUUACACAGCAAGACAUUAUUAGAAUGUUUCCACCACGUCGAUGGCCAAAAGAUGGAAAGCGAAACAGAAGACGAGCGUUUUCGAUAUCCACUAAUGGACUGAAAAGGGAAGUGUGUAUGAAAGCAGCCGAGGACAACAGACACCUCACGCUGUAAUACUGUAAGUGGAUUCACAGUCCACAGUUCAGUGUUGUGCAAAACUGCCCUGCGAUCUGAUGUAGCAUUUAAUUAUUGGCGUUCAGAGCGGCUUUGCAGUCACAACAGAACACGUUCCUUCCCAUGAAGUCAGUCUGUUAUAGCUGUGUCUGAAACACUGCUGAUAGAUGAACACGCCUCAUCUGUUAGAUUUGAGUGAUGUGAGAUAACUUUUUGGAAAAGGACAAAAUCAGGCAAUUAGUGAGCUUGAUUGAAUCAGUGUCUUGUAUGGUCCCUCCUUAUUUGAUGUUUAAGCAGAAUGGGUUUUCUGUAUUUGUUUGGCCUUGAAUAUUAUUGCCUACAUUAAAAAUGUCUGCAAGACUUGUUGGAAAAGCACAGACUGGGAAUGAGAAA